AUGCGUCCAGCUCAGCUCUUCACCAUGAUGUCGGCCUCCUUGGCCCUCACGGCCCAAGCCAUUCAGAUUGCCUCCAAAGCGCCCAUUCCGGGCUACCAAGUCUUCGUUCCCGAGUGGGACUUUGGGGAGAAUGGCACCUACAAAGGAACAGUCGAGGAAGUCAUGGAGCAGCUCAGCGAGCAGAACCCGACCCUGUUGGCUUCUUUUAACCUCGACUCCGUUGACGACGCUGUCUCCCGAGACGUAUUCCAGCGUGCCGUGGAAGACUUUGACAAAACUGUCUGCAGUGUAUUCGCUAGUGCGAGCGUGAGCGCGUGGGAGGAUGGGAUACGCUAUCUCCGGAAAGUGAAAGGGACUCCGUGGCAACCUGCCGGACCCGCUGCCUGCGGCCGCAUUUGGUAUUGCAACGACGACACGAAGGACAAAGGGCUCGAAUCCUACGCCCUCAUUGCCGACGGUGCGCAGGCUGCUAACAAAGCUUGCACCGACUGGAAGUACCGCAACUGGGUUUCUAGCGGUCAAGCGUUUCACAAGACGGACAAAUGGAACGUCCUGAUCUAUGGCGGCGACGACAAUCGAUGCUGA